AUGGCGUCCUCUGAGGUCGACCAAAAGUUUCUCGGCAAGCUGGCCAAAGCUGUCGAGAAUGACAAUCCUCUCCUGGCCAACAUGCUUUUCAAGAUUCUAGGCUUAUCUCUCAAUCUCGCCGAACAACUUGUUGCCGCAAAGAAGCAACGUCGACCUGAUUAUGAGCCAUCACCCAACGCGAUCCGGCGCGUCUUACGCAUCAUAUGGCUCUCCCGAGAAGGCAAGGUAAUGCUUGAACAGUAUGUCUUACCCAUGGUUGGCAACUAUGUCGAACUCAAGGUCCUCGCCUACAAGCUUCGCGCCUCGUUUUCGCAUAUCUUUGCACUGUUUGGAAACACCCCUUCAGUCUCAAAUCUCGGUAGACAAACGCCAGAUGUCACAGCCAUCUUGACACCCCGCCUGGAUAAGGGAAAAGGACGUGCUGCAGACUUGGAGGUUGAUUCCAGGCCAUCGUCAGUUCAACCAACUCAUCCUCUCGAAGGAGGGCCCGUGCUACCUCCUCCAGGCUUUGAGGAUCGGAACUUUACGUUGUCGCCAAAUUUUCUCAUCCCCGCCAAAGAUUAUUUACCUGAAGCCAAGCAGCAUUUCCAGGAGGCCAUUCAGCUUGCCGACUCAAUGCUCUGGGGGUCUCAUUCCUUACGCCUCUCGGUCAAGACUGAAUAUGCUGCAUUCCUGUACGAAUGUGCGCAUGAUGCUGAAGGAAGCCGGAAAGUGGCCAAAGACACUAUUGCGGAAGUUUAUGAAGCCACCGAGGGAAUGGACGACGACAUGUUUGGAGAUGCUUGCGAGCUGGUUACGGUCCUGGGCAAGAUGAUGAAACGUGGUCUGGGGACUAAUAGCACACUGCGGAAAGGUGCUGUCAUGAACCAAAGUCCGAUACCCAGAGCUACUCCCCCUCCUGGAAUGGAGAAUCCGAUAUGA